AUGGAGCAGAGAACAUUGCUUGCAUUGAUGGUCUUUUCCUCACUCAUAGUGUUAGCAGAAACUAAUGAUCAGAAGCCUGCUGUUGAAAUAUACAGCCUCCAUGUGGACUGCAAGGUCACAUCACGAUUUGCUCACACUGUCAUCACCAGCAGAAUUGUCAACCGAGCCAAUGAGUCCCGAGAGGCCACCUUUGAAGUGGAGUUACCCAAGACAGCCUUCAUCACCAACUUCUCCAUGUCCAUUGAUGGUGAAGUAUACCCAGGAAUAAUAAAGGAGAAAGCUGCUGCUCAAAACGAGUAUGACUCGGCAGUCUCACAAGGACAGAGCGCUGGCCUCGUCAAAAUUACAGACAGAAAGCUGGAGCAGUUCCACGUGUCCGUGAGCAUCGCGGCUGCCAGCAAAGUCACCUUUGAGCUGACCUACGAGGAGCUGCUGAAGCGGCAGCUGGGAAAGUACGAGCUGCUCAUCAAGGUCCGGCCCAAGCAGCUCGUUAAGCACUUCCAGAUCGACGUGCACAUCUUCGAGCCCCAGGGCAUUCACUUCUUGGAGACGGACAGCACAUUCAUGACAAACGAGUUAACUGAGGCACUCACCAAAGAGCAGAACGAAACCAAGGCUCAUAUUUUAUUUAAGCCAACUCUAGAGCAACAGAAGAAAAAUUCUGAACGUGAUGAAACACUCCUCAAUGGUGAUUUUGUUGUGCGUUAUGAUGUUAAGAGAGAAGCCACUGCAGGUGAUAUACAGAUUGUCAAUGGGUAUUUUGUCCAUUACUUUGCACCCCAAGAAAUGCCAGUGUUUCCCAAAAACGUCAUCUUUGUUAUAGACCGAAGUGGUUCCAUGACAGGCAGAAAAAUUGAACAGACAAGGGAUGCCCUUUUGAAGAUUUUGCAGGACCUCCGCCAAGAAGAUCAUUUCAGCUUUAUCACCUUCAACCACAAAGUGGUGGAGUGGAAGAGCUCUUUGCUGCCAGCCACUGAGGAGAACGUGGCCAGUGCUGCAGCACUGGUGCAGACUCUCACUGCCAGGGGAGGCACAGACAUCAAUGGUGCCCUGCUGGCUGCCGUGGGCGUGCUGGACAGAGCCGAGGCACUGCCAGAGCACAGCGUCUCCAUGAUUAUCUUGCUGACAGAUGGCCAGCCCACUUCUGGUGAGAGAAAUGUGGAAGUAAUUCAAGAAAACGUUCAGAGAGCAAUCAAUGGGAAUUAUGCUCUUUUCUGCCUUGGCUUUGGGUUUGAUGUCAGUUAUAAAUUCCUGGAGAAAAUGGCCCUGAGCAAUGGGGGAAUAGCACGGCGUAUCUACGAAAAUGCUGAUGCAGCCCUGCAGCUCCAGGGCUUUUAUCAAGAAGUGGCUACCCCAAUCUUAAUGCAAAUUGAAAUGCAGUAUCCAGAAAAUUCCAUUGAAGGAUUAACCAAGAACAAUUUCAAGCUGUUUUUUGAAGGAUCUGAAAUUGUAGUGUCUGGAAAAAUUAGCAAUGAACUGGAUCUUUUGCCAGUGGAAAUUAAAGCUCAGUCACACACGAGUAACUUGACUCUUAAGGAAGAAGCAAAUGUCAAAGAGAAGGAGCAAGUGUUCCAAAAUCAAAGAUACAUCUUUGGGAAUUUCAUAGAGAGACUGUGGGCUUACUUGACCAUUCAGCAGCUUCUGGAAAAAGCUAUUUCAGCCCAAGAAGAGGACCAGAAGGCCCUGGAGGCCCAAGCCUUGGAUCUGUCCCUGCGGUACAGCUUUGUCACACCACUCACUUCCAUGGUGGUCACCAAACCCCAGCAGCAGGAGGAGCUGGCAAACAAACCCACUGAGGCUGAUAAUGAGAAGCCCAGGAAACUUCCAGCAGGAGCAUCUCUCCAAAGACUCCACUCAAGAAUGUCUGGGGAGGAUGAUUCAGCCAGUGAACAUCCACAACUUCUCUUGCAAUUACCCAGACAAAACGAAAGAAUCUGCUUAAAUAUUGAUGAGAGAGCACAAACCUCUGUCCCCCUGCUGUCAGAUCCAGAGCAAGGACUCACUGUGACGGGGAAACUUGGAGAUGGAAUAAAUCACUUUGUGCAGUUUGAUAUCAGCUAUGUGAAUCCCCCUGUGCAAAUCCAUGUCUACACUCAUGCAAUCCUUGUAAGCCACAAUAACAACAACAAUUGGCUGUCAUGGACAACAUCAACCUCCUCCGCCAUCCAGGGGCUGACAGUGUCAGUUGAAAAGGAAAAGAGUGUUACAGCAUCGCUGCCUGAUACGGUCACAGUAAAAAUUUCCUUGGUCAGGUUUCCAGAAGAUUUCCUUGGGCUCUAUUUCUUGAACACCGACCGUUUUUCAGACAAAGUCACUGGAGUUCUGGGUCAAUUUUAUUCAAAAGCACAAUUUGGGAGUAACUUCAACAAUGAUCAGAGAGCUAUGGAAAGACUCCUGAGAGUGUCUGGAUCUGAGCACAAAGUUUCCAGGUUGUACAAGAAAGAUUACAGGCUUGAGUCAGCCAGUGAACCUGUUUCCUGCUGGUCAAUAGAGCUAACUCCCUAG